AUGCAUCUCGAGGGACAACUUAUUCCAGACCAUGGAAUUCCACAUGCCCUCGGCCUGAUCGACGGCCGAUUCAGCGGUCUGUAUCUUCGGUAUUUGAAAUACGCAAAAUCUGGAAAAACGAACGCGAUACAGCGGAUGCAAAAAGAUAGACAAAAGGAUUUUCUAGCAAUGCCAUCAACAUCGAAUAAUGAAAUUGGACAAAAGAGGCUGGAAGCCGAUCAGGAAGAGGAAAAGACGGCGUACGCAAGCAUAUCGUUCUGCGUGGUCGGAGAAGAAACUCGGCCUCAUCAUCAGGAAAUUGCAGAAACGACAAUGUAUUAUUCGACGAUUGGAUUGGAUGAGUAUGCGAGCUUGGCGAAAGAACAAACAAGACAAGGGGAGAUAGAAGAGUUUUCAGCAGAGGAAUCACCGCCAAUUGAAGAAGAACAAGAAGACGAAGAAGAAGAAGAAGAAAAAGAAGAAGGCGAAGAACGAGAAUCGAUUAAAACCCCAGUUGAUGAAGAACAGAUUCCAUCAACUCCAAUUUCUGAAACGGAAAAGAAUUCAGAGAUGAUUGUAAAAGAAGAAGUGAUUGAUAAAUCCUAUGAAUCAGAGUCGCCUACAAAUAGUGCUUCGGCUUCAACCCAAUCUUCCGUUCUGCCAAUGCAAUCUAGAAAUUUACCGGAUGAAAACAGGAGAAAUGAAGCUUGGCGGAUAUUGGUUUCUGAGCAGGAGCAGAAAGCGUUAUUUGCGAAAAUUGACGGUGAAUACACUUUGUUAAAAGACCAAUGGACACUCCUUCGACAAUCCAAGCUUCUUUUGUUGACGAGUUCACCGAAACCGCCACGGCAAGAAGACCUCAUUGAAUGCUGGAAAAUAGCUGAAAAGGAAGAGAAAUUAAGGAACUCCCUUGAAAUUGCAGAAAAAUCACUUUCUGAGAUCCGCACAAAUCUCGAAAAUCUUGAACGAUACAAAGGAGCAUUAUUCGAUGUGCAGAAAAAUAUCACUCUUCUGUAA